UAGCAAUUACUCACUAUAUUUUUGUAUAUAAAAUAAAACAAAUAGGCCGGUUGUAUUCUACUCUUUGAGAGCUUUCCAAUGGCAUAUGAAACAUGGCUAUUUGAUUAGACUGAUGUUUUUACCGAUUACAAUAAUAUGUGCAGUGCAAAAUUAUUAAUAAAUGAUCAAAACGGAACACUUCUGAUUUGUCUGCAAAUUUCAAAGCACUUGUUCACUUUUGGUCAUAAUGCACAUUGUAAAGUAAAGUUUCUAAACUUUAGAAUGAUACCUAUUUUGCAUUGGUCAAGACUGUAGUUAAUAUUUUGUUUUUCUGCUGACCCGCCCAUCUGAGCUUAAAGGGCUAAACACAAAUGUGAGUUAAGUUUGUUUGAAUUUAAGGGUGUGGAAACCUUGAGGUGGAUCCUGUUGGGAGUGUUUCACACAGCAUGAUUGUCUAAGAACUUUCAAACAGGUAACAACAUAGGAUUUGAAUAGAAAAAUAACAUAGUUUAAGAUUUCAGGAAUUGUUGCAUUUUGAGAAAAAUAACAUAGUUUAAGAUUUCAGGGAUUGUUGCAUUUUGAAUUAUUUUUAAAAGUUGCAGCAGGGACUUUAGAGGCCAAGAAGAGUAUUUUUUGGUUCCUAAGAUGAGACUUCAAGGUCUUUUUUAUGUUCUUACAACAACGGUCAUCAUAGUGUUAUGGCGUUUCUCCAUCAACUGGUCAAACCUCCAAGAAGCUGCCAAACGAUCAUUUUCUCUAAAGGUGGGCCUGUGUGAUAUUGCAAACGAUAUCCAUGGUCCCUUAACAGAGGAUUUGGAAACAGAUUGUGCCAAUACAGGUCUGUUUAAGUCUCACUCUGCUUGUUGUCCACAUAAAGACUGUCCUGUAGACUAUUUCCCCUUUCAACUUCGUAGUGGGGCAGCCAAUGUCAUGCCCCCAAAGAUCUGCUUUAACAAUACUACCAUCAUGGGUGGCAUAAGAAACAAUGCAGGACAAGGGCUGAACAUUGUUUUGAUAAAUGGUGAAACUGGUGAAGUUUUAAGAAGUAAUUACUUUAAUAUGGAAACUGGAGAGGCAGAGGAAUUACUUGGCUAUCUAAAGACAAUAAAACCAGGAAAUAUAAUACUUGUGGCCUCAUAUGUCGACCCUGCAACAAAGCUGACUGAUGAAAUUAGAGAUAUAUUCAGUGUUUUGGGCAGCACUAUGGUCAGGUCUGUAAGGCCAAGGGAUAGCUGGGUAUUUGCAGGCGCCUAUCGAAUUAAAGAAGCUAGUCCUUUUGAAAAGUUAAUUCAAAAUGAUAUGAAGACGAAUGCAUAUGGAGACUGGCCGGAGAUGGUGGAGAUCAUUGGAUGCUUUCCCAGAAUGUAUAACUGAAACUGCUGUACCAACCAACCACAGAUCACCACUCGUUUGGGACAUUUGGAAAUGGGACAUUGGCAAUGUUCAGCAAAUAACAUUAAUGGAAAUGUUCAACCAAAUAUUUAAAUUCUGUCAUAAUUUAGUUACUCGCCCUUAUGUCGUUCCAAACCCGUAUGACUUUCUUUCUUCCAUGGAACACAAAAGGAUAUGUUCAUUAGAAAGUUUUGCUGCUGAAAUCGGUCUGUGCUUACCAUAUUUCAAAUCACUGCCCCCAGUGGGCAUAGCUGGAAGUGUUGUUGAGCAUUUGGGCACACGUGAGCUCAAGUUUCCAGGUGAAAUACCCACAGGGUGGCGCCAAAAUUGAGUUGUAGAUUUACUUAUAAAUGAUAAACAGGAAUGCAUAUUUUAUUAACUAUACCCCCUAACCCAAACCCCAACCCUAAACCUAACCAUCAGUGGAGUAAAAAUGUAAGGCCAGUAAUGUAAUCGAAAUACUUUGGAUUACUUCUUCAGCACUUGUAGAUUUUUUCACUUGUUUUGACUGUAAAAGAUCUGCCAGUACAGUAAAAAAAAAUACACAUGUUAAAAAUUAAUUCUCUGAAAAAAGCCUAAAUAUGUUAUGCAGUGUUGCCUCUAAAACAAGAUUUUAAAAAAAAGAUCUUUGCCCCAAUAUCAACUAACUUAAAAAUAAAAUAAAAUAAAAUAAAAUAAAUGAUCUAAAGUGGAUUUUCUUGAUAAAAAGAAAUAUAUUAAGAAAUAUAUAUAUAUAUAUAUAUAUAUAUAUAUAUAUAUAUAUAUAUAUAUAUAUGAUUGUGCCUGGUAACAGGUGCUUGUAAAAUGGCUAGAAAUAGCAUUUUAGCUUAGCAUAAAGCUAAAUGUUCACAUAAAAAUUUAUACAAGGUUUAUUUCUAUUUCUGCUGCUCCAAACUUACUUCUCUGCCUGAAUACAUCUUAAGAAAGUGUUUCACCACUGUUCAAAUGCUCUUUGAAUUGCAUCAUUUAUAUGAAUAAAUGUUUUCCAUCUGAAGGGACUAAAUAUUAAAUGGAAAAAAUGACAAUAAAAUGCAAUGUAAUCUGUUCAGUAAUACAUUUUGAAUGUAACUAUUCUGAUUACCAACAAUUCAAAUUGUAACUGUAGUGGAAUACAGUUACUAAUAUUUUGUAUUUUAAAUUUGUAAUCCCGUUACAUGUAUUCAGUUACCCCCCAACCCUGUCCAUGGUUUUUGUGAACGUGAUUACUUCCUGGUGCCCACGGGACUAGAUCCCAUGACUUGGAGGUUGCUCAUGCAAUAUGCAAUCAGUAGAGCUAGAGGGAAAUGUGUUUACAUUUGAAUUAAUACAAAAAUGGCUGAUGGUGAGUGGUGCUUUUCUGUAAUUCGGCUGAAUGGGGUUGAUUUCAGGGUGCGUGAACUUUUGGAAGCAACAUAUCAAUUUCUGGUGGACAAAUCGUAUGGACUACUUAUAUGGUUCUUUUUUGGAGCUCUACAGCCCCUGGUCACAACAUACUUUCAUUUUUUGGAGUGAACAUUUGGCUAAACUUUUAUGUUAACAGAAGAACAUCAUAUGGGUUUAGAAUAAUAUCAGUGUGAGUAAAUUAUGGAAGAACUUUUAUUUGUAAGUGUACUGUUGCUUUUUUAUAAUAUGUUAUACAACAUGAUAGCAUUCAUGCCACUGAUGACUAUACUCUAAUCAGAAAUAAUUUAUAAACAUAAAAAGAAACCUGAUUUAAAAAAAAUAAAAUACAAAAACAACUCACUAAAUUCCUUUCACAUUAUUUCUUCUAUGUUAAGGUAACACUGUUGCUAUUCACAUUAAGUGUAAGGAGUGUGAA